AUGUCUGUUCUGAGAGAUCAUUAUUUUAAAUUGGGUUCUGAUUUACCUAAAGAAAGACUUUCAGCAGCAACACAAUUAAUUUCUGAACUUAUUAAAGUUAAUGAUUCUAAAGAAUGGGAAUAUGCUUUGAAUAGAUUAAUCAAAGGUAUAAUAACUACUAGACAAUCAGCUAAAUUUGGAUUUAGUAUGGCUUUAACUGAAGUUGUUAAUGAGUUGAUUGAAAGAAAAGAAUUAACCGUGGGUAAAUAUUUGGAUUUACUUGUUGAAACUACUAAAAUAACUAGUUCAAUGAAAGGAAAAGAACAACGUGCAGUUUUAUUUGGUAGAUUAUUUGGAUUACAAGUUUUAAUUAAUUCAAAGAUUAUAUUACAAAGUUCUGAAGAUGAUGUUAUUAAAUUUGUUGAAACUUUGUUGGAAUUAAGUAAUGUCAAGAAUUGGAUUCGUGAAACUGGGUUUUUCACUUUGAUUCAAUUCAUUAAAUUAGUUCAAGAUGAUGAUUCCAUUGAUUAUAAGAAAAAAAUUUAUAUCAAGAUCUUAUCUACUGUUAAUGAUUUGGGAUUGAACUUGUCUACUGAAGGGUUGGCCGUUUAUUUGUCUAUUCCAAAUAGUGAUAAAUUAUCACAAAAGAUUAGUAAUUUGAAAGCCAACUGGAAAAAUGGUGAUCCGUUUCAUAAAGGGAAUUUGCCAGUUUUAGCUAAAGUUUUGAAAGAUGUUGAAGUUAUUAAUGAUGAAGAGAAUGAUGAUAAUAACAAAAAACAAAAAAGUAGUUGGAAUUCUCGAUUACCAUUUGUUUGGGAUUUAAUUGUAUUGAAAUUUAAUCAACUUGAAUCAUCACCAAAUGAAGAUGAUGAUAUUGAUGCUGUUCCAACCAGUGAAACUUCCAAAAAGAGAAAAAAGAAAGACUCAUCAAAGAAAUCAUCCAAAAAGGCUAAAACUGAACAGGAAUACAUUUCAAUUAAAGAAUUUUGGAAAGUUGUUAUUGAUGAAACGUUAUUUUCUGAAAAAUCAUCAUAUGAACGUAAAUAUUGGGGAUUUGAAAUUUUUGAAAAAUUUGUAACUUCAUUAAUCAAUCUUCAACUGGUUCAAUAUUUAUUUACACCAAAUUUCAUGCGUUGUUUAAUUAAUCAACAUGCGUCAUCUUCAAGAAUGUUGUACAAGAUUUCUCAACAAACCAUCAAAUCACUUGUUAAAAUAAUUAAAGAAAAACAAAAUCUUGCUCCUAUUGUUUUACUGUGUUUAUUGGAUGAAUCUAAAGGUGGUUGUUGGAAUUUUGACUUGAUUAGUAAAUCACGUACUAUUGAUGAAAUAUUACAGGUUAAAUCUCAAAUUAAUCUGUUUAUUAGUAUUUUGUUGAACAAUUUUGAAUCAAAAUUGGAAUCACAAAAUGUUGUUGAAGAUAGUGAUAAGAAUUCAAAUGAUAAUAUAUUAAAAUGGUAUUUGGAUAAAAUAGUCAAUUUGAUUAAACAUAACAAACAAGUUCAAUUAUCUGAUUCUAUAAUUGAAUCUAUCUUGACUAAAAUGAUCAAAUAUGCAUUUUUCCAAUCUAAAGAAAUCAAUAUUUCCAAAUUUUUACAAUCAGUAGCUAAAGAAAGAUUAAGUUCUAUAUUGUCAGAAUUAAUUACUACUAGACUUUCAAAUGAGAACAACUUUACCACUUGGUCAACUUUCUGUUUUCAAACUAUCAAAGAAUUAUCACAAACUGAGAAAUGUCUUGUUGAAUUUGAUGAAGACUUAGCACUUGUUGAACAAGAAACAAGUGAUUUAUUAAAGACAAUCAUUGAAUUAAAUAAAUCAUCUGAUAAAUUAUACAUUUUUGAAUUAUUAUUUUCAAUGUGUUUGAUUCAAUUGUAUAUGGAAGAUGAAGAAACAGUUCAAGUCAUUAAUGAAAUCAAAUUAGUUUUUGAAAAUCAAUUCACUUCAAAAAUUCAAGACCAAGAUGAGGAUGAAGAUGAUGAUCAAGUUGAUGAUAGUGUUGUAUUGACUGAAAUUGUUUUAAGUUUUAUUUCUAGAAAAUCAACUUUAUUUAAAAAAUUAUCCAGUUUAGUAUGGGAAAAUUUCUUGUGUAAGAGUAGUGAAACAGAUGGUAAGUUACGUGUCAAUGAUGCUUGUUUUAGAUUAUUAUUUGAUGUUUUAGAAGCCAAGGAAAAUAAGCAAGGUCAACAAAAGCUUUUCGAAGGUGAAGGUGGAGAUAUCGAAGGUGAUGAUGAUGAGGAAGAAGAGGAAGAAGACGAUGAAGAUGGUGAUGGUGAGGAUGACGACGAAGAAGAAGACGAAGAAACCGAAGAGAAAGACCAAGAUAACGAUGAAGACAAUGAUAGUGAUAGUGAUAGCGAGAAUGACAGUGAUCUGGACGACGUUAAUGAUACUAUGACUGAACUUGAUAAACAAACAAAUUUAAAAUUAGCACAAGCAUUGGGUAUUCCAACUAAAGAAACUGGGGAAGUUAAAUUUGAUGAACUUGAUGAUUUGUCAUCUAAUGAAGAUAUGAAUCUGAUUCAUGGAUGA